AUGGUGAUGCUGAGUGGUUUUGUACCAGUUCUGUGGUAUACCUCCUCGUUGCUUCUAACCGAGGGACUUGGGCAGUCAGACAGUGUAGAGACGGAGGUCGAAGUUCAGACAGAGAAAGAGACAAGACCCAGUGAUGACACAGACCUGUUCUUUGUGGACAACUCAAAAGAUGAAGACACGGCAGCACAGAUGGGAACAGGUGAUCCAGAUCAGGACCACAGUGAGAAGGAGAUUCAGAUUUUGGGUGAGAUCCACACUUUGCUCGGGGGGAUCAACGUCGGAGAGGACAUGCCUGAGGAGAGGGAAGAGGGCAGUGAAGAUUCUGAUGUGGAGGAGGUAGAGUUUAAGGUGCCAAAAAGUAAAGCCAAAAGGAAGGAGGAAGUUGCAGAGAUUGUCGCUCAAUCCCUAAAGACUUACAGAAGACAGAGUGUGAGGAGGAGGGCUCAGGAGGAGAGGGACAGCACCUCUGGUCCCUGGGCUGUCAAAAGCCCUGUGUCACCCCUACAUGUGAGGGCAGUGCAGAAGGACAGCAGAGACAGCAUAGACAGCACACAGGAACAAGCAGUAGACUUAGAAAGCAGCAAACUAGAGGAAUGUGAGGAAAAAAUGUCAGCAGCAAUGGGAGAAGAUAUUUCUGAUGUACCACAACAAAUGGAAGUUAUAAAGAUCAGUUCUGCUGACGAAGUGGAAGAUGAGGAAGAACUUGUAAAGAAUGGAAGAGACAUUCCUAAAUCUGUAGACAAGGGACAAAAAAAGAAGGGAAGGAAAGAGAAAGGAAAGAAGAAAAGCAAGAAAGAGAGUAAGGAACAUGAGAAGCUUGAAAGAAGUUUUGGAGACAUUAAAUGUCUGGAAGGAGAAAGCUACGACUCCACCCAGGAGAGUGUUGAAAUGAUGGCGUUUAAAGCUACGGCGUCAGAGUUGCUACAAGAUGUGGAGAAAUUCAUGCACACCACCAAGGAGGAAAUCCACGUAGACACAGACAAAGAGGAAAGCAAAAUGGACACAUCUGAAGCUAUGAAAGAAGUAGAAACUGCAGGAAAUGUUGAAAAUGGUGAAGACGACUCUUUCCAACCUGAGAUCACAGUCAGUGAUGAGGAAAACGAAGUGGAAAAGGACAAUGAAUCAGUGGAAGUCGAAUGUGAUGCCGACUCUGGGGAGCUUUCAGAUGCCGAAAAAGAAGAGUCACAGGAUACUAGUAUCAAUCAGAUGGAGGAGUCUCCAACUGUAGAAGAGCAGGGGCUUGCAGAUGUGCAGGAUGUUUCUGACUCUGAGGAGUCCGAUAGUGAUGAUGAGGGACUCACGUCAACGAUUCUGAAGCUGCGUCAAAAUCUUGUCGCUCCAACUUCAAUGGCAGAACCUGCUUUGGACCAGUCUGAGGUAAUACCUUUGGAAGUUGAGGGGUAUGGAAGUACAACAGCUGGAAAAGUUGUAUCGCAGUCAAUGGAGGAGGAAGAAGUUGUUGAGGAGGGACCAUCAGCAAACGUUGCAGAGAGCGGAGAAACAGAGAAAAAGACCAUCUUCAAGACACCAGUCUCACCGGCAAGAGGAAAGUCUUCUCCCGCGAGAGCUAACUUCUCUCCCUCCAAGGCGUCUCCUGUGAAAACUGCAGGGGGAGCAGCGUCGACUACAGCGCGAAAGCGGAGGCUGUCAACGGAUGAUGAGCUGAGGGAACUUGCGGCUGAGGUGACAGAAAAAAUUGCCCAGGAGAACAGCGAAGACGACGUGAAGAGCCUUGCCCCGUCCACGCCGCCUCAGAAGUCAUCGGACAAGCGCCGGCGAUCCAUGCUGGGACAGAGCUACGGCAAGUACAUCGAGAAACAAACUUUCCCCGACGUCAUCAUUGAUGAAACAGACACCGGUGACGUAGUUUCUGACCAAACCGAGAAAGUUGACGCUCCUGCAGACCUAACUUCAGCUGAAAAAGACCAAGAUUCACCUUCAGAGCACGAAAAUUUAGAAGAUCCAGACACUUUAAAGGGAGACAAGUCAGAGACUGUGUGUCCUGAUGAGAUAGAACUAGAAGAAUCUUCCAAGAUGCUGAUGUCUUCAAAAACGAGCGCCAAGGAAGCAAAGGCGAGGGAGCCAACCCCAAUGGUUAAGCGAGAGCGUCGCAAAACCGCCCAGCAAACCUUACAGCCCGUCGGGGAAGUUCCUAGCCAUGAUAGCGACAGCUCUGUGUCUUCUAGCAGCCGGAGAAAGAGUCUGCGAAGGAGGAAGUUGGAUCUGAAAGACGCUGAACAAGAAGCUGAACAGAGUAAGACAAAGAAGCAAAGUGUGAAAGUGUCGGAUGAAAUUACCGCCCAGGCAGAGGAGUCAGUGCAAAUCUUAGAAGAUAAAGAAAGUGAGGAAACUACGAUGGAGGUGACACCAACCGAAGAGACAGCAGAUGUGGAUAAACAGAAAGGAGAAGAGGAGGAUGACGUCACACUAGCACAACCCAUCAGUGACUCAGCAAGCUCAGAACAACCAGCAGAAAGUACUACAGGCAAGAAGAAGCAAGGCAAAGUGCUGCGGAUGGUAAAGACACCAACCCCGAAGAAGCACAAGGAAGAAGAGCAAAGGAUCAAGUUGGUGUCCCCCCAGGGUAGCCCCGAGGUACAGUUUGCGACGAGCGGUCACAUCGUGGUGAGAGUGAGCAGCGACUCUCCUGACCACAAGCCCGUGAUUUUGCACUCGCCGACCGGAGAACUCAUCAUCAAGGCACACAAUCCAAGAGUGGUGGUCGCCCCAGACCUCACCGGGGACCCCAAGAGGCUUGACUUUAACACAGGCACUGGUGAUAAACACGGAGGACAACCUGCUGCUGAAGAGACAGGCACCAAGGGAGAGGUAUCUUUGGCAAGCAUGGACGUCCCGAAGGGAAAGAUGGGCCUUAGAACCAGGUCAAGGUCACCCAUCCCUUCAGAUUCCGGUUCGAUGACUUCUGUGUCCUCCAUGUCUGAAGCAGGAAGCAAGUCUAGGAGGAAGAGUAGGAGAAGUUCAAGGAAAGUCGAGCCUGUUCUCCAAGAAGAGGGUGACGAAAAGGAUGAUAAGGACUUGACACUUGAUAUAUCUGUACCGAGUACCUCUGGGACACGUCCUCGAAGGAGCAAGGCACCUAAGGACAUUCUCUCUCAACAAACGCAGCUGGCUUCCGACUCUGAUCUGAGUGUGAGCUCACAAAGCAGUAGUAAAAGACGGAGGAGCAAGGCUGCUGGUGUUGCAUCUGACCAAGACGUCUCUGACAACCAGGGGAUCAGGAGAAGCUCAAGGAAAAGAGCCAAAGACAAGACAGGGUCCCCACCAAAGAAGCUGAAGACAACUGAAGAAGAAGAAGAUGUGGAGAUGAGACAGAUUCAGAAGGAGACAGACAGUGGUCCAGAGCUGAUUGUACUAGACAGCUCACCUGUCCAGGGGACCCAGGAGGACCAGACAGAAGCUGUAGGUACAACCAGGCCUGUGACAAGGAGCAGGGUUAAAAGAGAGUCAGAAAGCACGACAGUGUCUGAAGUGUGGUCUGAUGUGGACAUGUUUAGUCUGUCACCGCCUCACACCAAAAGAAGCCGCAGGCUCAAGGCUGUGCAUGAAACGUUGUCCAAUGCCUCCAGUGUGUCAGACCAGAGCGCUCUAGACUCAGAAACAGGAGGGGAGCAUCAGCGCUCGGACUCGCAGCUCACGCAAGAGGAGGUCAGAGCAUGCUGGGAAAAUCACCAGGUCUGCUGUGAUGGCUGAGAAAGAAGCGAAGAAGAGACUGAGCAUGCUCUAAGAGUGUCUCAGCAUCUUGAAGUCAACAUCUGGUGCUACAGGAAUGAAA